AUGGCCCUCUGCACAAAUAAUCGUGAAGCAAGUAGAACCUUUGCAAACCGGCUGUCGCGCACACGCACACGCCGGCAGGCUGGAUACGCAGAUGGCUGGUCGCAGGAACAGCUGGCAGCCUGCGAGAAGCUGGCGGCACGCUGCCAGGACCUGGAGAACUCCCUUCGCUUCUGCACAGAGCAAGCUUCCCUCCUCAAAGAGGAUGCUGAGCAGGCCUUGGGCUCCGGAGGAGCGUCGUCGACGACUGGAGCCCUGGUCGCAGCGGCCCUGCGUGCCAGCGACCCGGAGCUGUGGCUCGGCUGGGACAUGGCUGGACGUGGCUGGCGGGCAGCCUUGUCGGAAGCCCUCCGACGCAUGGCCAACUUCGACCAUGAUUUGGAGAAGCAGCGCGCCGCACUGAAGCGGCGUCGGAAGAAGGAGCCCGGGGCCAUGGCGGACGACGCCACGCUCACUGCACUUGUCGUGGAGCGUGGGCAAGCUGUCGCGCAGUGCCAGGACUUUGCCCAGAAGAUGCCUGCGCAAGCCUGGAACCUCGUCUUGUCCAUGUGGCAGGGAAAGCUGACCGACGGCCUGGAGCGCUUGGCGAUGCGACCCGGGGGUGAUGACGAGACCGAGGACUUGUCCGAAAAUGAAGCAGCAAGGCAGCGCCGGAGGCUCCUUGCCGGAAGCAUCCAGAAGCGUCCAAGCAUCAUCAGGCAUCAGCUGCAAUGUUGGCGGGCCUCUGGUAGUGCAACAGUGCAACAUGGACAGCGUCAAAUUUCCCGAAAUUCUCAAACCCAAGCACGCUUCGGCUGA